GAUUGGCUAAUGUGGGAUUAACCCUUUGCAGGGCACUGUGUGACUUUAAGCUAGCUUCUAUUUGUGAGUCCUUUUCUUGAGUCCAAAAUGUCCCCCAGCAGACUGCUAAGCAUGCAGGCUCAGACCUGUAAGCGCCUGGCUCACAAAUACCUUGCCAGAACCUACACCUCACGGCCUUCUCUAAAUGAAGUGGUCAUUGUCAGCGCAGUCCGAACGCCGAUGGGCUCCUUCAAAGGCACCCUGGCAGCUGUUCCAGCCACCAAACUGGGCUCUGUCGCUAUCAAAGGGGCCGUAGACAGAGCAGGAAUUCCUCCUGAAGAAGUGAAGGAAGUUUACAUGGGUAACGUGCUCCAGGCUGGAGAGGGUCAGGCUCCCACCCGACAGGCCCUGCUUGGAGCUGGCCUGACUCUGGGGACACCUGCAACAACCAUCAACAAAGUGUGCGCUUCUGGGAUGAAGUCUAUCAUGAUGGCAGCACAGAGUCUGAUGUGUGGACACCAGGAUGUGAUGGUGGCAGGAGGCAUGGAGAGCAUGUCCAACGUGCCUUAUGUGAUGGCCAGAGAGGCGCCGCCGUAUGGAGGAGUGAGGAUGGAGGACCUCAUCGUCAAAGAUGGCCUCACAGACGUCUACAACAAGUUCCACAUGGGCAACUGUGCAGAGAACACGGCAAAGACCUGCAAGAUCAGCAGAGAGGAGCAGGACGCCUACGCCAUCAGCUCCUACAGCCGCAGCAAGGCAGCGCAGGAGUCUGGCGUGCUGGCAAAGGAGAUCGUUCCAGUUAGCAUUCCCCAGAGAGGCAAACCAGAUGUGGUGGUGUCUGAGGACGAGGAGUGGAGAAGGGUGGACUUCAGCAAAGUUCCCAAACUGAAGUCAGUCUUCCAGAAGGAGAACGGCACAGUGACGGCGGCCAAUGCCAGCACCCUGAACGACGGAGCAGCUGCUCUGGUUUUGAUGACGGCAGACGCUGCAAAGAGACUCAACGUUUCUCCUCUGGCCAGGAUAGUCUCUUUUGCUGAUGCAGCCGUUGCACCCAUUGAUUUCCCCAUCGCUCCGGCGUAUGCGGUACCAAAGGCGCUUGAUGCAGCCGGACUGAAGAAGGAGGACGUGGCCAUGUGGGAGAUUAACGAAGCCUUCAGUGUGGUGGUGCUGGCCAACAUCAAGAUGCUCGACAUCGACCCAGCGAAGGUCAAUGUGAAUGGAGGAGCGGUGUCUCUGGGUCACCCAAUCGGGAUGUCCGGAGCACGGAUUGUGGGUCACAUGGUGCACAACCUGAAAUCUGGUCAGUACGGACUGGCAGGAAUCUGCAACGGAGGGGGUGGAGCCUCUUCUAUUGUCAUCCAGAAGCUGUAGGAAAAGCAGACAGGAAGCAGUGCAGUGCUAAUUGUUUGUUCUUCAUGUUUAGGACAUCAAAAUGGGGCCUUAACAAACAUAAUGUAGGACUUGACUCCAUUUGCUGUCAUGCAACUCCAGUGAUCCUAACACUCCUUAGUUUGUCUCAUCCAAAUCUCCUAAUGAUGUUUAUCUGUGAAAGAAUAAAAUUAAAUAGUUUUUCAAAGUG